AUGGCGCGGCGGCUAGGAUGGUGUCGCGACGCCUCGCGUCAGCGUCGCUGAGACCGUCGACGACGGAGGCAACAGUGGUGGCCAACGCAUCGCGUCAGCGCGGUAUCCGCCAUAUUGGCCGCGAGGAACCUGUUUAAACUACGCGAGGAAGAGAGAGAUAGAGAGAGAGAGAGAGAGAGAGAAAAAGAGAGAGGGAGAGAGAAAGAGAGAGAGAGAGAGAGAGAGAAAGACUGCUCUCUUACGAACCUUCGUCCGAGAUCCGGCCGUGGGGGUGAGAAACGAGGGCGUGUAGCACAUAGAAGAGCGUGUGUGUGUGCUAGCGCGAUCCUAAGUGUGUGCGCGACAAGGGAAACGAAGAAGGUGGUCGGUGGUGGUGGAGGAAAAGGGCAAUCGCGUCGUGGGACACGCCGAGAUACGCCUCGAACGUUUUCCACCACGCCACACGGUGAAACGGGGUGAAAGACGGCCCGGCCCGUUGGAACAUAGAGAGGGAGAAGGGAGAAGAAGAGAGAGGCUGCAAGGAAGUGUACACUCUGGUGAUAGUGGCUAGGAAAGUGUCAGCGUAAAAAGUGUCCCGUGCUUCGAGCCGGAUCGGUGGCUACGAUCGUAGUACCACCCUUGGCCUACACCCUAUCGCUCCGAGCAACUCGAUGACCCUGUUCCGUUUUUUUUUUUUUUAUUUCCGACAAACUUGCGCCAUCGAUCACCGAUCGCGACUGAUCGUUGAACGACGUGUAAUAUAGUCGAUGCAUAGUGCACACGUUGAUAACUCGGGUCGGCCAGUGUAAAAUUCUUUCCAUGCGACCUCGUGUAUAAACGAGAGCACGCGUUCACGGGGUUCAGUAACAUCGUUCGUUCAGCAGCUACCACUCGAUUCGAUCGACAGAACCAACCCAUCACGUUCGUAUUUCGUGUUCGCGAUCACGUACGAUCGUCGAUCGUCGAGAGUGUAUUCGAUAGGAGGGAGAGAGGAUCAAAUUGGAGAAAAACGUUCUGGGUAGUUCCGGUGGAAACGACGCGGCUCGCGAGAAACUCGAGGCGGAACGUAAGCGGGUUAGCUGGUCGGUGUCCAGCGUGACAGCGCCGUGGGCUUGUCUCUCCCUCUGGUCUCGACUUCUGCCAAUCAAUAACCAGCGCACCGACUCGUUCACGCUCCGCUCUCUGCCUUCCUCUCCCUUCUCUCUCUCUCUCUCGCUCUCUCUUUCACUCUCUCUCUCUCUCUCUCUCUUUCUCUCGUCCUAUCCGUUUCCCUCGUUACCGUUCACCGUUCAAACUUCCCUCUCUGUCUCCCCCAGCCCACUCGAUACGCUUGAAUGACAAACGCAAGCCCGAUAGCGAGUGGAAUCGAAAGGGUUUAAAAGAAUUGCCCGGAUGAAUUGAGAGGCUCGUGUUUGCUCGGCGAUGCCUUUCCGUUUCUCUCUUCCGCCCGAUUCGCGCCGUUCUCCUCUGUCCCUGCGCGCUCCGAUCGCGUCCCGCGUUUCUUCUCCCCUCGCUUCCACUUGCUGCUAGCUUUCGCCGCCCUUUCAGCGGCUACAAACACGAGACUCUCCGUAUCCAUCCUUUACUAUCCUUCUUGAUAACGAUAUACGGCGAGCAGAAGCAACAGCAGGCUGUGCGUGUUUCGGGACGAGAGGACGAGCACGAGGACGGCAACUCGCGACGACACGAGAGCAGAGGCAACGCGUCGCGACGAAACGGAACAGCCAGAGGCGGCGGUAGCGGCGCUCUAGCUGCUGGCGGCGCCAGCGCCCUGCACGCAGCACCUUCAAACAGAGCCACGAAACCUAUUUAUACUCCGUCAACGUAGCGGACGACGCGACGUAGCGAGAACAGCGCCGUGUUCUGGCCGCCCACGCGAGCAACAGCCCGAACGAACCGCGCCGUGAGCUGCACGACCACGAACCUCGAGAGGAGACGAUCAAGACGAGCAACAGCCAGCAGAGGAGACUCCAACCUACUCUCUCGUCCCCGGUCUACGUGUUGCUGCUCGUUACUAAAUAUUCGCCAUAAUAGUUCGCCGCCGUCAUCGUCGUAUCGAAUCGUCGUGCCGAACCGUGGCUGGAGGACGUAUCGCAGUUAACCGGUGGAGCAAUUCGGUGGAAUUCGUGAAACGCUCGUCAUCCAUCCAUCCAUCCAUCCAUCCCGUCGUACACACUCCUGCUUUCCAACGAUUCGAAAUUAGAAUCGUUCUACUGGUUGGCCGAUAGAGAUAGAGAGAAAAUAGAGGUUCGUUGGUCGUCGUGGUGGUGUCGAUGGACAGCGACGAAAUCCUCAUGGGACAGGAUCAACGACAGUGGAGUCUGGCUAGCGGCACGGCCACCGGAGCCCACCCAUAGGGGACGCCAUUGAGACUCUAUCUUUCCCUUGGCGUGUGAUCGACCGUCGCGCAUCCGCCUUCCCUUCUCGCGUCGUGUGCCGAUCUGCGCGCUCUACACCACCGCGGCGGUUGCUCUCCUGUCGCCGGAGCUGCUCCGCUCGCUGGAUGGGGUUGGGUGUCGUCGUGGUGUCGCCUUGCUGUUGGGUGUCGUUGAACGCGUCUCGCUGGUGAUCGUGUUGCCGGCGAACGAGUGGAAGAAGAAGAAGAAGAAGAAGAGGAGGAGAAGGAGGAGGAGGAGGAGGUGGAAAAGGAAGCUCUGUUUAGGGAGCUUUUCAAGGCUGGACGAGCCAGCGGGCGGGAAAUGGCCGGUGGUGUACUGUUAUAAUGCUUGAGGACGAUCCGCUGGCUGGACCAAGGCGCGCCGAUUCGUUGACCGAUUGUUGUUGCUCAAACACCGACGUUGCUACCGACCUCGUUGAGAUCAACGUUGAUAGCGUCGUGGAGAACAUCGUCGAGGGAGUCGGUCGCGAACAGACUACGAAGAAGAGCACAGUGACGAAGGGGCGGCUCGCGUAGCCCGAGAGCAUCGUUGUGCGUGUGGUGCGUGGUGCGCGCGUAUGUGUCCGUCCGUGAGUGAGUGGCACGAGUGAAAAAGGUUGAGGCGAUCGUAACAUACGCGACGAGGGCUGCGAAGAGCGCGUGCUGGGAGCAUGCAGGGUUCGGGCGAGGCCCGAAGAGGCCUUAGUCCCGCGGGUGGACCGGGAUAAGGUUCAGCGAUACGAUUCACGAGUACCGCACCGGAAGUGACGAAGAGGAUAACGAAGUUGGGAUUAAACGGCUGCUUGGUCGCGUUCGCUCGACCAAGUGAACGUCCUUAAGCUGAGAUCGCAGGGACGCGGGAAGCGAGCUGGACUCGCUUUCGGGCGCAUGGAACAUGAUAGAGAUAUCGUUUGCAGAUGUCGAGCGGAAUCGGUGCAACUGCAAUGGGGAUCGACGUUAGUCACGGGGCAGGGGGUGGCGAGGGUGUCGCCGGUGGGUGCCGGCUCCGCGCGCAGAGCCAAAGCCAGGCGAGCGGAUCGUCGGGCAACUCGCAGCAGUCCUCGCAGCAGCAGCAACAGCAGCAGCAACAGCAGCCACCCUCGUCGCAGCAGCCGCAGCAGCAACAGCAACGCCAGUCAUCCGGAAUCAUGGGCCGCUUGAAGAAGGACAACUGUUGCCUGUGCUGGUGCUGGUGUUGUAGUUGCUCGUGGCAUAAUUGUUUGUCGGCGUUGAGGGGAAAUUCGGCAGGCGCAGGAGGCGCGAUCGAUCAGGGCAAGAAGAAAGGGAACUCGGGUGUGGAACACAGCGAAUUGUGCGACACGGGGAACGGACUCGACGGCUUGGAUGGUCUCGAUGGAAACGUGGAGUGCAACCUGGACGAGAUCAGAUCGUGGGGCUCGUCCUUCGAUAAACUGAUGAGGAGCGACGCGGGCCGUAAAUUCUUCAGGGAGUUCCUCCUCAGCGAGUACAGCGAGGAGAACAUCGCGUUCUGGCUCGCUUGCGAGCAACUGAAACACGAGAGCAAUUCCGAGAAGAUCGAAGAGAACGCACGCUACAUCUACGAUCGUUACAUAUCCACAGUCUCGGAGAAAGAGGUGAGCCUGGACUCGCGAGUGCGCGAAAUAGUGAACCGUAACAUGGUGCAGCCAACGCCGAACACCUUCGACGAGGCCCAGCUGCAGAUCUAUACCCUGAUGCACCGGGACUCGUAUCCCCGUUUCGUAAACAGCGAGAUCUAUCGACGGGCGGCGAGACUGAGCAGCGGAACGACAGGAUCGAGCAAUCAGGAACACGGCAACACGGCCAAGUCGAAGGGGAAGAGGUCCACCACGUAAUCGCUCGUUCAACGACCAAAAAAAAAAAAAAAAGGACGAUGGGGUGGCAGCGGACCAACAGCCUCCGUCUCUCAGUAGGUAGCCCCGAGGCGACAUUGGGGACGCCGCGACGCUGUCAACGCUGGCCGAUGACGACGAAAGCCGGAGGACAUCGGCGUGAAAACAACAAGGAAUAGUAUCAGCUCUAAGAUGUCGCGCCUCGACGAAUCUCUCUGCCCUCGUCAUAAAGCAAACAAAGAAAAGAAAGAAAAUGAAAAAAAAAAAAGAAAUAAAAUAAAGUAAAAUAAAAUAAAAUAAAAUAGAAUGAAAUAAAAAUCGGGAUCUCACGCGUGCGGAGAUUUCGAAGAUUUUCUCCUCUCGUCGGAGAAUACAGGAGAAAGAGGAAAUAAAAAGUUUUCCGAAGCGAAACUCACGAUUCGCUCUUCCACGCGAUGCCACAUCGGGGCCAACGUGCACGAACUUGACGAUGGACUGAACUAAAUAAAUAAAAGUAACUAGAUGAAGAGGAACGACGAGAAAUUGAAAAGAAAGGAGCAAGGACUAGGAUGAAAAGAGAAGAGAAAGGAAAGAGCAGCAUGAAAGGAUCGCGUAUACGUCGCGUUGAUCCAUCGACUCUUUCUUCCAGGACACUAUGGACACACGCUCGUUCACGCGUGACACACGAGUAUAGAUCGAAGAAUCGAGAACACAGAAACACAUACACACGCGGGUCGGUCGGGGAUGACGUUCAUCUUUCAAGGAAGUUCCUAAUUUCCAUCGUUUUUAGCGACUGAUCAUCGCCGAUUAUCUCUCUCUCUUUCUCCCCCCCCCCAACCUCCCGCCAUACACAAACAUAACCAUAAGCACCCCAACCCCUUGCUCGAUAACGAAUCAGUCGUGUUUUUCUCUGUCUCUGCCCGCUCUCGAGCUCUCUUCUUUCUUUUUUCUCUCUUCUUUUCUACCAUUGUUUUUCUUCGUCCCCUGGUUUCAACCCCUCUCUCUUUCUCGCUCUAUUCGGUCGAACCUCUUUCAUCGUACGAGUUAGGGAAGAUCUCGAGAUUGGAGGGAUUUCCUGCGAUAGAAUCGUUUGGAACUUGGGUCGCGAUGAUUAUGUUCUCAUAUUUCGUUAGGACGAUAGAGUCAUUCAAAACAUCAGGAUCCUGCACGAUAACGAUAUUAGCGAAUUUUGACAAGUCACAAUUUCUAGGUCGUAGACAAAUUUUACGGUGUCACGUCCAGAUGAUUUGUAAUUUGUAAACCUCUAAGUGUUUUCAUCGCCAAGCUUACAUUUGUCAAACUGUAUUCGUCAAACCUGUGAAAUUGCGAUUCGUAGAAUUUCACUAAUAAUAUGUACUCGGUUGUGCAAGAGCAUUCGAUAUUGUUCAAUCCUACUUUUCAGUGAUUAAAAUUGCACAAGACAGACAAUGACCCGAGUUCUCGCAGCACAGGGGGCUCUGCAUGCUCCAAGAGACGCGCGAAGAAAUGAAAAUCGCCGAAGCAAUAUCCAUCGCUGGAAACGAUCGUCGUUGAUAGAAUCGAUUAUUGGAUACUUAGAAUCCCCCGAAAUAUCGACGAAAGAGUAGCGAAACGACGAAUAUUCCGUGACGAGGCUCCCAUUAAAAGAAGACACUCUUUUCUCAAUGUCUUGUUGACGAUGAAACGGAUCUCUGUUAAUAGAGGCGGAGAUUAUUUUCAUAGAAAAAUGAGUGACAUUUCGUCUGGUCUUAGGGUGCCCUCAGACGAUCAAUAAUGUCAAUAUUUCAAGAUUCUCAACAUCAUUGCGGCUUGUCAAUAAAUAUUGAUGGUAUCAUCAAUGAUGACGUAUCGUCAAUAUUUAUUGCGACAAACCGUAUUUUCUCGUAUGUUCAAUAUUUAUUGACGAUAUCUAUCGAUCGUCCGAGCAUCUCUUUAUACGUACAAUGAUAUUGAGAGCCUUGAAUAUUGACAAUAAAUAUAUACAUAUAUAUAUACAUAUUGCACGUUUGAUGGCAUCCUUACUUGUAAUCUGACAGACGAACUCGAAGAUCGGCGACGUACGGUUCGUCUCGUCACAAAACGCGAUUUCUGCAACGGGACCAUGAACAGAUCGAAGUAAUUUAUUAGCAAAUAAAUGGUAAAUGGGCCUCGCUCGUGGAAUACUCGUUCGAUGAUAAGUAUGUCGUUCGACUGUAGAAUACCAGGUCAAAGAAUAUCAAAGAACGUUGGCAUAAUUCAAUUACGGAGGCGUUGUGAAGUAUUUUAUUACCAUCGCACUAGCAUCGUAGAAACGUAAGCAGGUUCGCGAAUUUGUUUGUCAAAUUCAUGUACUCGAUCUUGAAUCGCUAAUCCAACGAACCCUCGACACUAUUCUCUGAACGUUCUGCCUCGUUUAAUCGCCGUUUCUUUAAACAUGCCGCGUUGCAUCGGCGAUUCGAGAUCGACCCAGAGGCUACGCGCCUCGACAAUCCGAUCGCUAAUUGAAAUUUAAUUAAUUCAGCCCCUUGCAUUCCGACAUCCCUUCGACUUUCUCCGUUUUGCAUCGAUAUCUUCCAGCAACAAACGAAAACUCUGUAAAGAACUUCGUUUGAAAAGAGUUAGAGAAUACACAGAUACCAUUUUUAUUAUCGAAUACCCAUCGGAACACAGCCAAAGAUCAACCAAAUCGACCGAUCGAAUCGCAUCGUGCGCAAGUAGAAAAUUUCUUCUUUGGAAAGAUGCAAAAGACGAAGAAGAGAGAAGAAGAAAGAAAUCCUCGACGAUCUUCCCUCAUCGACGCCUGCCACAUUGCAAACCUGGAAGCCGUUUCACUUCUAUUUUCGAAGCAGCUAAUGAACGAAGCAGCUCGUCGUCCCCGAACAGCGUACACCAAGUUACUGCCAGCGAGACGCACCGUGGAUCGAACACGCCACACGUGGAUGACCAAGAAACGAAGGAAACGAGGAGUAAAAAUGAUGCACGAUCUAGUCAGAAUCGCUCGAAGACGAUGGCGUGGAUGAAAGAAAAAGGCCUAAGCGAGAAAGUUUUCAACUUGGACCGCGAGUUCCAACUGACAUUUGGAAUAUCGUUCGUCGUACUGUCGAUGCGACGGCGAGAACGGAGUAUCGCGUCGCGUGACGUUUCUUCGUCUCCUAUCGGUGCACAAAGUCCUUGUUAACAUAAUUUCGUUACUUUAUCGACGAGGCAAUGCAACGGAUACCAUUCGUUCUUCUUCUUUUUUUUUCUUUUACAAAGACGGCGAACGAUCGAAGAAGUUGGAACGCGACGCGAUAUCUUCGAUUCUCGCGCCAGACGUUCAAGCUCGCUCGGAGAUUGUUCGACGCUGUGUAAACGACCGACAAAUUUUUUUUACACCCGCGAUUCAUUAUCGAAGGUACUUAAUCGAUGUUUAAAGGCUGUUACUUUACGCGGUCGAACGUUCGACAAGUUGAUCUCACCACGAUGGAUCUCACAGCAGCGCGCUCGAAAGGAGGAAAAGAUAAGAGUAAAAUAAAGAAAACGAGGAAUGAGCGUGGAACUGCGAAAGCGGAAACGAACCGAAUUUAAGCGUGCCUCGGACGAGACACGCGCUCCAGCACACGCACAUGAACAGACACGUGACCAGGGUUCCACAUCGCUCUCGCGAACCGCACAAAUUUACCCAUCCAACGACCACGAGUAAAAAUAAAACCGAUGGACACCUGAACUGGAGUCACGUUCCUCUGUGUUCGCGCUGUUUCAUCCCUGACCUUGCAAACCAAAAGAAACAACAACAAAACGUAAGCAUUAAAAGAAAAAAAGCGAAAAAAGUAAAAAAACGAUUAAAAAUCUGAGUCUACAGUUCUUUGUAUCGACACUUUCAUUUGAUACUACCACUUUCUUCUUGUUCCACAAAUUUUCUAUAAUCUUUACUUUCCCGUGAUAACGACGCAGGGUUGAAAUACGCCCCUGGCCACGUGGCUGCGCCAAGAAUAAAAAAAGAAAAAAAAAAAAAAAUAAAAAGAGAAAUCGCUCGCCCGAAACUCGUCGAUCAGCGACGCUUAGGGGAAAGACGCGCGAAAUCGUCGCGAGCCGAUUGCACAGGAAAAAACAGCAGAGAAUAAAAAAAGCAAAGAGUGAAAAAUACUAAAAAAGUUCGUACAGUCAGUCACAGCGGUUGGCUACUGCCCUGUAGAUAAUAUUCUAGAUAGUAAACACGAUGGCGGAGGAAGGAGGAUAAAACUAAUUAUACAUGCGAAUAUAUGAAUAUACAUAAUAUAUAUAUAUGAAUAUAAAAAGAAUCCAAAACAAGAAUAUAUAUAUAUAUAUUAUAAAUAUAUAUGAAAUCUCACCUACACAUAAACAAACACAUACACGCGCGCGCGCGCGCGCGCACACACACACACACUCAUGUGCUACAUAUGUUCGGCAUUAUAAAUAUGGUGGCAGGGUGCGAAUCGCGCGCACGAGGGGGAGAGAAAGGGCGGGAGAGAGUGGGAGGGAGUGAGCGCAAAGGUGAGAAAGAGAGACAAAUAUCGGACGAUUUUUUCAUUCUUCCGUAUUCCAAUUCCCCAUGCGAGAAGACAUCAUUCGCGAUCGAGCAUUUCACAGGCAGAAGCAGACGCUUUACAACCCCCGUCUCGUUGUUUUCCACCCUCCGACUGAUCGAUCAAAUAACGACGAAACGGUUCAUCCUUUCUCCUCCCAUUGACCACUGUCGUUUCACGCGUGAUCUCAUUUAAACACAUCUCUAAAACGAAGAAGAGAACGAUUAUGGUGGACAGAAACUGAUUUUUAUAUACGAUCAUAUCCAAUCAUUUCCUCCUCCUCGUCCCUGUUCAGUCGUGAAACGAUAUUGACGUACGCACGACGUGUAUGUCGAUGAAAUACGAAGGAAAAGGCGACUUCUACCGGAAGCAACGAGACACGAAGCGAUUCCUCGCUAAAGCAUCUGCCCCUGGAAACGGGGAUGGAAAAGAAUGACGCGGGGGUUGAUGUGCGCGAAGACGGGGCAAGAAACGAGAAACGCCGGUGGAAAAAGAAGUGAAUUACGGUGAAAUUGGUCGAGCGUCAUCUUCUCUAAUAAACGCACAAUUUUUCUGAACCUUCGAUCCCCUGCUUCUUUCUUCCGGUAUCCCUUUUAUAACAUAACAAGAAAGAAAAAAAAAAGAAGAGGAAAAAGAAGAAGAAAAUCGUCGUUCGAUUUCGAUUACGCGAUUCCUUUUGUACAUCACUUUGAACGACAAUAUUUGUACAGCACCGGUGAACGCCCACCGCGGAACCUUUUCGUUACCGCACACGAUCGUUCAUUUUGUGUCGAUUCCUUUAAGAAUCGUGAAACACACCUCUAAGUUUUUUACCCCGAACGUUUUCGCGACUAGACACACGACGGAGUUCUCCUCCCUGCUUCUUUUAGCUCGUCACAACCGGCGGAACAACGGACAAUAGGCAAUAAGAGAGGGAUGGAAAUGUGAGGGUUAAUAAACUGGUGAAACAUUGAA